AUGGCUGUUCAUGUAGUGGAGACGGACGUCUCCAAUGUGUCGAUCGCUUUCGCUGUGCUUGGCGGGUUCAUCGUCAUUUAUGGCCUGGGAAGCUAUGUGGUCAAGGAAAAGCUGUACCUAAGCGAGGCACUCGUAGCGACCACUGUCGGUAUCAUCGUCGGACCUUAUGUACUCAACUGGUUCGAUCCUUAUUCUUGGUCGAGCAGUGCCGAACGCACCAAUGAGAUCACCUACCAAUUCACUCGCCUCGUCAUAGGUGUUCAAGUCCUCUUUGCCGGCAUCAGUCUACCCGCAGCCUACCUUCGCAAGGAGAUGCUGUCGUUGUUCACCUUGCUAGGAGGUGUCAUGACAGUUGCAUGGUUCGUAACUGCAGGCAUCCUAUAUGCACUAUUCAGGCCGCUGAGCUACUUGGAAGCCUUGUGCUUAGCUGCCGCGGUCACACCAACGGAUCCAGUGCUCGCUAAUUCCAUCUCUAGCGGGCGCUACGCAGAGAAGCAUGUCCCGCAAGCUAUCCGCAACAUCAUCGUAGCCGAAUCUGGAGCCAAUGACGGGCUAGGAUUUCCUUUUCUGUAUUUGGCUCUUUACUUGCUGCGUAGGACAUCGGUAGAUUCUGGCGAGAGCAUUGGCGAUGAGAUCUGGCGCUGGUUCUACAGCGUCGUCAUCUAUCAGAUUUUGCUCUCGUGUGUCUAUGGUGCCUUGUUGGGGUACCUUGGCCGCAAGACGCUCCGGUGGGCAGAGGCGCACGGGUAUGUGGACAAGGACACCUUCUUUGCAUAUGGCUUGGGCUUGGCCCUCUUCGUCCUCGGCACGACGGGACUUUUCGGCAGCGACGAUGUGCUCGCUUGCUUUAUAGCCGGAAACAGCUUCACCUGGAAUGACUGGUACCGCAUUCGCACUCGUGAGCAAGAGAUGGACUCUUGGCAAGACAACAUUGAUGCCUUGUUCUCGACAAGCGCCUUCAUCUACAUAGGCGCCAUCAUUCCUUGGGGAGACUACAGCACCGGCGGUUCGUCCUUGGGCAUUGACCCUUGGAGAGUCGUCGUGAUGGCUAUUGCAGUCUUGUUGGUACGACGUCUACCCGCAGUGUUGGCCAUGUACAAGAUUAUCCCGGCUGUAUCAGAGCUCAAAGAAGCACUAUUUCUGGGCUGGUUCGGGCCCAUCGGAGUCUCUGCGGUCUUCUACAUCACCAUCGCUCUCAAGCAGCUGCCGGACGACGGCUCACGAGAUCGUCUUCGCGCGCUUUACACUCCCGUCACCCUAUUCAUGGUCUUUGCGAGCGUGCUUACGCACGGCACUUGCAUACCACUCGCUAAGCUUGGACCCCGUAUAGUCAAGCGAACCAUGAGCGUCACCAAGACCGCGUCCAGGCCAGUCUCGAGACAACCUACUGUGGCCGAGACUCUGAACGGUGCUUCAUCUCCCAACUUGGCCAAGCCCGACAAGGGACAGACGCUGCCUCAAAAGGCCCCUCCUUCAUUGAUUUCGAGCGCCAGAUCCUACGCGUUCUUUUGGGAGCCCACGUCUGUCUGGAGACGCAAUGGAAGCGCGCAUGUCCACACACCGCCUCGCGGUCCAUUAAGCGCAGCAGAGAUCAGCGGUCCGACGCAGGCAAGACGUCAACGCGAGAUCGAGGAAAAGCAAGAGCAAGCACCUGCGCAUGAGCAGGACACCUCUCAAGGCUCUCCGGGCACGCUCGAAGCAGCCGGAGAAUCCACCAGCGAAGCUUCCGAUGCGACCGAGAAUGGUCAGCAACAGCAGCAGAGCAAGGCGCCCAGUCGACUUGCUCACCCAACCCCUGAUCUGACCUUGCCCAUCUCUCGUCCUGCUUCGGCGACGCUAGCUGCGGAGAAAUCGACCAGCACGGACGCUCAACAUGUCAAUGUGCCUCAUACCUGGUAUGCCCGAGCUGAGGCUGCGCUGCAAAGAGAGUUGGCUGCUGAGCAGGCAGAGGCUAGCAAGGAAACUUCGGACGGCUGGUUGCGUCAAGGUCUGGUGGUGGAGGCAGACGCCAACCAUGGCAGCGAGACUGCGAAUGCCGCUGCGCCUUCGACACCCGGAAGGGUCCGCUUCGAUUGAAGCACGACUUUUCAUCGCAUCUAGGCAAAGAUGAGGGAUGAUCACGAUGACAGCAGCAGCAGACUUGCAGGAGGUGGCGCUGCCCUAUUGCCAUCGAUGAUCAUUCUUCAAACCACGGAGCGCCCACACCUUGUCGGCCACUUGUUCACGUGUCCACGAGAUCCACAACUGUCAUCACGAGCUGCAUGCAUGAGUCAACCUUCACAAUUCAUGAACACUCAAUUCGUUACAACUGGAAGGGAGCGACAUUGCAGAGAUUCGGAGCAGUAUGAUAGCCUGGCCCAAUCUUCAUCGAUGUGCAUGCGGCCCGGGA